CAGCGUGGUAUACGAUCUUUCGCCGUUCGCUGUUCGCAACACAAUCUAAAACAGUUUCGAAGUAGCUACAUGUGAGUAUUAUAUGGCUGAAAAAACCUAAACGAAACGAAAUGAAUUUUCCUUUUUGUCAACCAAGACAUUGUCGUCUUGUUUGGUGCCUCGUUCUUGUUGUUGUCUGCGUGGUUCAGAGCGGAGCUGGCUCUGAUCUCCCUACCGUGAAAUCUUCGAAUUUCACGGCUUCACAGUUCAACAGCACCGUCAAAUAUCGAGUGAUUCGGUCAAGCCAACGUGCCUCCUACCUAAGGUGUGCCGCGGCCUGCCUCAAGGAAGAAGACUGCAAAUACUUCGGUUAUACCAAAGAUACCAGACGGUGUGAAUUGAGCGAUGACUCGAUCGUUUCAGUCAACGAAGAGAAGUUGAAAUACUUCAAAAGAAAUGGUGACUCUCCUUGCUCCGUGGAGGGACCUCUUGGGAUGGAAGAUGGUCGCAUCCCGGAUGAAAGCAUCACAGCUUCGUCAUUCUAUAGAAACCACCCUACUUAUGCCCCACCCAGGGCCAGGCUUUAUACUCAAGGAUUCGCUGCAGCCUGGUGCUAUGACGAAUCUGAAGACAGUCCAUGGAUACAGGUUGACUUCAAUGGUACAGUCACCAUCACUGGUUUGAUCACCCAGGGGCGUGGUGACCAUUACAACCAAUGGGUGACAGAGUACCAAGUGUCGUACAGUGAUGACGCUCAGUCCUGGGAUCACGUGACUGAUGCGUUUGGCACCCAAAUAAAGUUCGCUGGUAACUCGGACAGGAGCACGUUGGUAACCGCUCGGUUCCCAUUGGCAUUGCGCACCAGAAUCCUGCGCAUUCACCCCACUGCAUGGCACAACCAUUGCAGCAUGAGGUUUGAAGUGAUUGGCUGCUAUUAAUCACAUUGAAUUA